UAGACCGGUAUAACACCAAAUGGCCCGUUCCUCUCGAAGCCUAAGUCUAAUCACACACCGACUCGUCCGCUCCCACAAGGCUUUGCUGUUCAGUCCUCCUCCUCAGCCCUAGCUAGCGCCUCGGCUCUCUCUCUAUGUUUAAUUCAUUUGCUGAUCUGCCAUUGGGCUGAAAUGGCGUAGCUUUACCCGUGUAUCUCCCCUCCUACCUGGGACCAACACACCCGGAUCCCGAUGCACACAAUCGGAUAACCACAGGACAAAACGAGCGAUCCCAGAUGAAAGUGUGCUAAGCAGCGGCUGUGGACCAGGUCAUACGCGUCGUGACGUCGUCUGGGGGUAAAAGAUGAAGCUGAGGAAACAGGUGACCGUGUGCGGCGGCGCCAUAUUCUGCGUGGCGGUCUUCUCGCUCUACCUCAUGCUGGACAGGGUCCAACAUGACCCCGCGAGGCGACAAAAUGGAGGAAACUUCCCCAGAAGUCAGAUCUCUGUGCUGCAGAACCGGAUUGAACAGCUGGAGCAGCUGCUGGAGGAGAACCACCAGAUCAUCAGCCACAUAAAAGACUCUGUGAUGGAGCUCACGGAUACGGGCGCCGUGUCGCCCAGCGGCCACCUGCCCUUCCGCAGUGCCAACGGCUCCUGGGUGCUGCCCUUCGACGGACGGCCCUCCUUUGUCGCCGUCAAGUCCCAGGACUGCCAGGUCGCCGUGGACAACCACGGACAGAGUGACCUCCAGAUGCUGGAUGUGUACUCCCUGCUGAAGUUCGACAACCUCGACGGCGGCGUGUGGAAGCAGGGCUUCGACAUCACGUACGAACCGGAAGAGUGGGACAAGGAGCCUCUGCAGGUGUUUGUCGUCCCCCACUCGCAUAACGACCCCGGAUGGAUCAAGACGUUUGACAAGUACUUCCUGGAGCAGACGCAGCACAUCCUGAACAACAUGGUGCUGAAACUUGGCGAAGACCCCCGCCGGAGGUUCAUCUGGUCGGAGAUCUCCUACUUCUCCAAGUGGUGGGAGGGCGCGGACAAGCAGAAGAGAGAGGUCACACGCAAACUGGUGAAGUCGGGCCAGCUGGAGAUCGUUACUGGUGGAUGGGUGAUGACAGACGAGGCAAACGCGCAUUACUUUGCCAUGCUAGACCAGCUCAUCGAAGGACACCAGUGGCUGGAGACCAAUCUGGGUGUGAAGCCCCAGUCAGGGUGGGCCAUCGACCCCUUCGGCCACAGCGCUACCAUGGCCUACCUGCUGAAGAAGGCCAACCUGACCAGCAUGCUGAUCCAGAGGGUCCAUUACUCCAUCAAGAAACACUUUGCUUCAACGCGCAGCCUGGAGUUCAUGUGGAGGCAGUCCUGGGACAAAUCGUCGGACUCUGACAUCUUCUGCCACAUGAUGCCCUUCUACAGCUACGACGUGCCCCAUACCUGUGGGCCCGACCCGAAGGUGUGCUGCCAAUUCGACUUCAAGAGGCUACCGGGGGGCCGGGUCAACUGCCCCUGGAAGGUGCCCCCCAAGGCCGUGGUGGAGGCCAACGUAGAGGAGAGAGCAAACCUACUGCUGGACCAGUACCGCAAGAAGUCCAAGCUGUUCCGCAGCAAAGUGCUCCUGGUUCCCCUGGGCGAUGAUUUCCGCUACGACAUGGCUCUGGAAUGGGACCAGCAGUUCUCCAACUACCAGCGGCUCUUCGACUACAUGAACGCCCACCCCCAGAUGCACGUCAAGGCCCAGUUCGGGACCCUGUCGGAGUACUUCUCAGCAGUGUACAAGGCUGGGGGCGUGGCCCAGGGGGCGCGGCCCGCAGACUUCCCGGUGCUCAGCGGAGACUUCUUCGCCUACGCCGACCGCGAGGACCACUACUGGACGGGCUACUUCACCUCCAGGCCCUUCUACAAGAGCCUGGACCGCGUGCUGGAGUCUCACCUCAGGGGUGCGGAGAUCCUGUACAGCCUGGCGCUGGGCCACGCCCGUCACGCGGCCAUGGAGGGCCGCUACCCGGUGGCGGACUACGCCCUGCUGGUGGACGCCCGGCGCACCGUGGCCCUGUUUCAGCACCACGACGCCAUCACCGGCACGGCCAAGGAGAACGUGGUGGUGGACUACGGCGCCAGGCUCCUGCGAUCUCUCAUCGGUCUGAAGCGCGUGAUUAUCAACGCCGCGCACUUCCUGGUGAUGAAGAACAAGGAGUUUUAUCGCUUCUACCAGACGGAGCCCUUCCUGGAGACGGACGACCGGCGCGCCACGCAGGACUCUCUCCCCCAGAAGACCCUCAUCGAGCUGGACUCCACUGGACCCAGGUACCUGGUGUUGUACAACCCCGUGGAGCAGGAGCGGCUGUGUGCCGUCAGCGUGCUGGUGAACACCGCCCACGUGCGCGUGCUCACGGAGGACGGGCAGACCCUCCCCGUGCAGGUCAGCGCCCAGUGGGCGUCGCCCAUCCAGAUGAGCUCCGAGGUCUUCAAGGCCACCUUCAUGGCCCGUCUUCCCGCCCUGGGCCUGGCCGUGUUCCACCUGUACAACAUGGCGGACUCGCCCAUGACGCUUCGCUCCGACACCCUGCUCCGCCUGCCGGGGGCCGGGGUCAGCGCCCGGGCCGUGGACCCUCUGCCCGUCCGCUCCCAGCAGGCCGACCCCCAGCCCUUCUUCAUCACCACCCAGUCCCUCACGCUGGGCUUCUCUGGGACCACCGGCCUCCUGGAGAGCAUCCGCCUGAAGGACGACCCACAGGAAGUGAAGGUCCAGAUGCACUUCCUGGUGUACGGCACACGGCCCUCCAAGGACAAGAGCGGGGCCUACCUCUUCCUGCCCGACGGCACGGCAAAGCCCUACGUCCAGAAGGAGCCUCCGGUGGUCCGGGUUGAAGAGGGACCCCUCUUCUCCGAGGUGGUGUCCCACUUCCAGCACUUCCAGCAGACAGUCCGUAUCCACAACGUGCCUGGCGCGGACGGGCUCUCCGUGGAGCUCAGCACGGCGGUGGACAUCCGGGACCAGACCAACAAGGAGCUGGCCAUGCGCCUGGUGACGGACAUCCAGAGCGGAGACGUCUUCCACACCGACCUCAACGGCUUCCAGAUGCAGGCGCGCCGGCAGUUCCUGAAGCUGCCGCUGCAGGCUAACUUCUACCCCAUGCCGAGCCAGGCCCUGAUCCAGGACAGCCAGCACCGCCUCAGCCUGCACUCGGCCCAGGCCCUGGGCGUGGCCAGCCUGGAGAGCGGCCAGCUGGAGGUGAUCCUGGACCGCCGGCUGAUGCAGGACGAUAACCGUGGUCUGGGCCAGGGCCUGAAGGACAACAAGAAGACCGUCAACCGCUUCCGCCUGCUGCUGGAGCGCAGAGACACCGGCAACGCUAUGACGGACAGCGGCGCGCCGGCCUUCCCGUCGCUGCUGGGCCACCUGACGGGCGCGGUCCUGAACCACGAGGUGCUGGCGCUGCCCGUGCUGCCCAAGAAGCGUGGCGUGCCGCAGUUGCAGACCUUCUGCCCGCUCAGGGAGCCGCUGCCCUGCGACUUCCACCUGGUCAACCUGCGCAGCGUCGUCAGCCAGGAGGACCCCAACUCCCCGUCUCCCUACACAGCCAUGAUCCUGCACCGUAAAGGGAUGGACUGCAGCCUGGAGAGUCCGUCUCUGGGCUUCAACUGCUCCACCACGCAGGGACAGCUGGGCGUGUCGGGCCUGCUGCGGGGCCUGGACCUCCAGCUGCUGCAGCCCGUGUCCCUGACCCUGAUGCACAGCGCCCCCCCCCUGGCCAACGACUCCAGCGUCAGCCUGAACCCCAUGGAGCUCUCCGCCUUCAAACUCAAGCUGCGCUAAGGACCGCCCCCGGCCCCUCCUCCCCCCCUCCCCUCACCGCCGCCGCCCUCCUCCGUCCUCCACGGCACGCAAUAACAGCCCCCGCCGCCCAGACUGCACACGCAGGCUCCUGGCCUCGGGGGGGCCCCCCCCCUGGUGGACAUAUUUUAAGAUGCUGGGGGUCUAGGGGUUGUGGUGGCGGUGGCGGCGACGGUGGUGGUGAUGUUUUGGGGUCCUCUGUUUAGGAGCACGAGCAGAACUUCCCUAGAACUAAAGCCCCUGGAGUGGAGCUAGUUCUUACUGGACCCCCCCAUGGACCAAUUAGAGGCCGGGCGACAGGAAGUGGAUCACUGUUUGCUCCGCCCUCCCUUGCGAAGCGGCCAAACCCGUUUGGAAUAUGCAGCCAAUUGUGGAGGAGUAAAAGACUAAAGCGGGCGGAAGUGUUGAAAUCUUCUUGGAUAAUUGUGGGUUAUUGUUUCACUGCGAUGGUUCCCAGCAGGGGAGGGGGUGCCCUUCAGACCUUCGUGGGCAGGACUUGAACCGACGCGUUGACUUGUUAAUCCCCAGACUUAACUACUGAAUGUACAUACAGCUUCGGGAGACUCCACUGCAGAGUGCAAUCACAUCGCUCCCUCUCCUUCUUUUUUCUUCAUCUCUCGUCCCCCGACCAAUUCACGUUCCGUGACGAGGAAGUCACGGGCACACACAGCGUCAAGUUCUAAAAUCUGUGAAUCGUUUUCUCUUUUUUUUCUUUCCAAAACAAACAAAUGAUUGUAUGAAUGUAUGACUGUGUGAAUGUGUGUUCACUCUUCGAGCCCCUGGGUCCAAAGCUCCGUGGUUUAUCCCCGCUCUCUCUGUGUCUGGUGACAGCGACCAUUCUUGUUUCUGUCCUCUGGUUUUCAUUUGAUCCCCCCCCCCCACACCCCUGCCCCCCCCCCCCCCCCCCCCCUGGUCUCAGGAGUCUUGCGAUGAAUCACUGUCCUUUGUUUUGUUUUUUACUAGCUGUAAUUUUAAUUUUCUCUGAGGCCAUCUGUGUGUUUGUGCAAACGAGAGCCGGCCCAACGUACCGUACCGCAGUAUAACAACCAAGGAAGAGAGGAUGACCGCUCCCGGGACCGCGUGUCUUUGUUUCUCUCCAGUGUUUCCAUGUACGUCCGUGUGCAUGUGUGUAGCGGAGGGAGGGAGUCUGUUUCUCAACACCGGGAGGGGAGUAGGGUAUGUAUUAGGAACCGAUCACUCUCAGUUAGGCUGUCCCUUCACAGGGCCAGACCCAAACAUGUGCCAUUGGUUUUAGUCAGACGUAGCAGCAGUCCUGCUAAAGCUAGCCGGACCCUGAGUCUAUUCCACGCCACGGUCGGCCCCCAUGGAACAAGCCGCCAGGUGGUAUUAAUGUUUUAACGUGUGUGUUUACGGUCCACGGUAGUACAGGUCUCAUGGCGGUCGUUGAUAGGCGGCCGCCCCUCUUUACAGUCCAUUUGUAGCCUUCACAGCAGCAUUAGCCUUCUUAGGCCUUAGCAACAGUUUGCUGAAGACACACAGACACAUAGACUCACACACACAUACAGGCACACACACACACACACACACACACACACACACACACACACACACACACACACACACACACACCUCCCCAAGUCCCAGUGCGUCUGUCUAGCACCGUGUCACUGUGGCAGAGCUGCCCACACACCUAAUGGGAGGAACGUUGGGUUAACACACCCACAACAGUACUUCACUCACUCAUUCACUCUCUCAUUCCAGAUCCGUGCUAUGCAUCAGCCAAAUCGUUCUUUCACCCACACCAUUCCACGCUUAGCACUUUAUCGCCCGGCCUCUCAUCAACCGCAGUGUCGAUAUUGCAAACAUUUUGUGAAAUUUGACUUUUUGCUGGAUUCCCCUGUUUCUGAUGUCCGUGUGUGUAUGUGUGUGUCGGGACGGGAGUGUGUACAUCUUGUUUUUAUGUGAAAUCUUCAGUGUAGCGCUGUUAGUUGGGUUGGACUGUGAAAGACUGAACUCCUUGAUAUUUAUUUUCUCUCUUGACUAUCAGUGGAAAUAAAGGAAUAAUUGAACAUAAGGGAUUGGGAUAUGAAUAAAAGAUCUACUGACCAAUA